UGGGGGUUGGAUUGUUCUUUGCAUUUGCUCUCGUCUGAGCGGCGACGAGGAACUAUUCAUGGCGUAUGUGGCGGCGACCGGACCCGGGCUGGAGUUUCUAUCAGAUCCGGUUGAUAGAUUUCCUGUCCCCCCGCUCGGCGGCGCCGAUUUGCCUCCUAAUUCUGUGGAUGUUCCGGAUCUGCUUGAACAAGCAGGCGGAUCCAGUAUUGGUGGGGUUGGAGAGCACCUACCAAUGGUGCAACUCGAUUUCAAUGGCGUUUGCCCGAGCAUGAGCGUGUCGGCGAUAGAGUCACAAAAGUCGACAGGGGAACCUGACCCUGAAGCUCCCGGCUGGACGAAGAGGGUCCGUGUUGGCCGGGCUCCAACAGAACGUCCGCCAUGUCCUGGAAGAGUUUUUGCUCUUGAGAAAACAAUCAGAGGAUAUGCUGAGAAGAAAACUGAUAUUGUGGUUGUGCCCGAGGUUGGAGACAAUUUUGAUUCGCUGGGAGAGGCAUACGACUUCUAUAAUCUUUAUUCCUGGGAAAUAGGAUUCAGCAUAAGAUAUGGCAAAAGCAGGUUAAAUGUAGAAAGAACAAAGUGCAUGCAGGAAAUAGUCUGCGGCUGUUCGGGCAAGCCAAAAAAGUCUAAUACUCGGUCAUGCCGGUGUGAAUGUCCAGCAAUGAUCAGAUUACUGAGAAGCAACGACAAUGGCUGGUACAUUAGUGAGCACAGACCAUCUCACAACCACUCACUUGCAGAUUAGUGUGGUGAAAAGAUUUACUGGCCAUCUCACAAGCAUAUCGACAUUUACACUCGAGAUCUCAUCAGACAGUUGCGAGAGAACAACAUAAGCAUAGGAAAGGUAUACAACAUAAUUGGUAGUUUCUUUGGCUCCAUGAGUAAUGUGCCGUUCAGCAAAAGAGCACUCAGAGGGCUGUGUGGAGAGAUUAGUAGGGACCAAGCUGAUGACAAUGUUAGGAAAACAAUGGAAGUUUUUGCGGAGCUGGGGGCUAAGGAUUCGGGCUUAUACUACAGGGUGCAACUAGAUGCUGACAGCCGAAUCAGGAACUUGCUGUGGUCCACAGGCGCCAGUCGAAUGCAGUACCAUUAUUUUGGCGAUGCAAUAACAUUUGAUACAACAUAUCGGACAAAUCUGUAUGACAUGCCAUUCGGCCUUUUUGUUGGUGUCAACAACCACUUUCAGAGUGUUAUUGUCGGAGGAGUCCUGAUACGUGAUGAGACAAUAGAGACAUUUGAGUGGGUGUUCACUGAAUUCAUAGCUGCCUCAAACUGUGCUGACAGAUCAGUGCAGAUCUAUGGAGAUCGCAAUAAAGAAUGUACUGCCAAGUUGCACACACCGUUGGUGCAAAUGGCACAUGCUUAAGAAGGCAAAGGAAACUUUUGGUCGAUACUACACUAAGCAUAGCAACUUUAGAGCAGAUUUCCAUAAAAUAGUUCAUCACAUGCUGACAGAAGACGAAUUUGAAAAUGCAUGGAAGAUGUUAAUAGACACGUAUGGGCUCCAGAAGAACAACUAUCUCAUUAAUCUAUAUGAGGUUAGGGCCAAGUGGGCAAAACCUUAUUUCAAAGGCAAAUUUUGUGCGAAGAUGACAAGCACGCAGAGAAGUGAGAGUGCAAAUCACAUGCUGAAAGCAUAUGUCCCAGCGAGCUGUCCUAUGCACUUAUUCGUCCACCAAUACAUGAAACUACUGUUUGACCGUGAAGCAGUCGAAAACUAUGAGGAACGACGAACAAAAAUAACAGCUCCAGUCAUGAGGCUGAACAAACCUCUGGAACAGCAUGCCAGCACUGUUUACACGAGAGCUAUGUUCGAAAAGUUUGGUGACAUCCUCUACGAAGGUGGCCAAUACAGGGUGGAGGAAGUUGAGAAUAAAGUAAAAUACUUAGUACAUCGGUAUCAUCCAGAAAGAUAUGAGAAAUGGUGUCGGGUUGUGCAUGUCGUCCACGUAAUUGAUGCAGGUGCACAUGUGUCCUGUGAAUGUGGUAAUUUUGAACAUAUGGGUAUCCUGUGCUGUCAUGCUCUUAAGGUACUUGAGUUCAUGGGUUUUACUGAGAUCCCCGCAAAGCUCAUACUGAAGAGGUGGACAAAAGAUGCAAGAGAUGUGCUUCCAGAACAUCUAGCACAUCUACAGAAGGAUCGGAUAUCAGCGAAUUCAAUAACUUUCAGGCACCCCAACCUCUACAUGCACGCUAUGGAGGUUGUAAGGCUUGGUGAUGCAAACACAAAAGCAUACGAUAAGGCCAUGGAUUUGUUGAAGGCAGCAAUGCAAGAGCUGUCACCUAUAGCUGCCAUUCGAGAUGGGCUUGGCCUAGAAGACAAAGUGAAGGAAAUUAAAGCAGCACCAAAAGAUCAAGCUACUCUGAAAGGACAUGGCUGUGGAUAUGGAAGUGAUGCAGAAGGCAGUGGUAUUGGCAAUUUGUUGGGACUAACAGCUCCUGUGCACAAGCGCAAGCCUGGUCGACCUACCAACAGUAGGGACAAACCUCCAUACAAUGACCGGGGAGCAAAAAACAAAAAGCCUAAGAAUAGUAAGAAAGUGGAUGCUGAAGGUGGGUGCGGAACAAGCAAACGAACCAGGUUUUGUAGCAUAUGCCGAGAACCAGGGCACAAGAGUACAACUUGCCCACAACGAGGCGACAUGCCUCCAAAGCAAAGGAAGGAAGCUAAGUGCACCAACUGUGGAGUAGGCGGUCAUCGAAAGAACACAUGCAACAAUCCAAAAGUUGUGCUUCAUGUUGUAGAAAAUGCUGGGCUUUGCUUAGCUGGAUAGAUCCUUCUGUGUGUUUUAGGGCAAUGUUUUUUCUUGUGUGCUGAAAGUUUUCGUAGCACCAUCUGUAAGACCGUGUUAUAGCUUUUUUUCCGACUGUUGUUCAACUAUGGUGACCUCCGGUCUUCAAUGUAUUUUAAGGUUCAAAUCCACAUAUGUGCGCGCCUGCC